UCGACUCAACAAACCACAACAACACUUUGACAACGCUUGAUUCAUGAUUCCAAAGUUCGCCAAUCCGCACCUCUGGGGCAACUUAGGGUCUGAUGCGGACGAUCUUAUGGACGCAGGUGGUUCAUCCGAUGUCGAGGUCACGACCUCGAAGCGCAAGCUGCACGAAGCUCCUUGUACUCAGAGUUUGGCCCGUGUCUGUCAACCGCCUUCUGGUGAUGCUCCCAGGAAGAAAAAGCGACGGGAUGGGAACGAGACGCCACUGGACGUACAGGAUUCCCUAACAUCGUUUCGUCUACUUUCCAGUGCAGGACCUCCGAGGAUCAUAUCGAUUGCCCCGAAACCUCCACCCAGGCCAAAAACGCGGCCACCCGAUUGCGAAGAUAAUGCCAUUCAGGCUGAUGAACGGAUGAGACGCGCUCAGUCUGUAGCCGUGGACUUCGCAUGGCUAGAUUUACAGUCCCAAAAGAACUUCAAGCCGUCUGUACAAGACAACCAGAAAGCUGUCCACAUGAGAGGCAAUCUACCAGAUCCUCACCCUGCAGUGAUGGUCACCGAAUGUCUUCGCCACCGAACAGCGCGCAGGCAGGCACUGAGACCAUCGAUACUUAGUGCCCUCGAUUCCCCGCAUUCAUUGCGGGCGACCUGCAUCUGUUUACCCACCGUUCUUUCUCAGGAUUCACGGCCACACCACAAGACACGCGCCAAAGCAAUUAAGAAGCGGUCUUACGAACGUCCAUCACCUGCUUAUUGGAGGCCAGCUUCUAAUCAACGAGGAAAAUGCGUGGGCUACGCACUGGGCUAUCCCGGAAGCUGGAGUGUUCGUUAUGAGGGUGAUCCGAGGAAACGAUGGUAUGUGAGAGACACGAUGCGGAAAGCGGCUUUCAGCGGAUAGAACUAUUUUGUUGUCGAGCGUGAUUGUUCUUUGAGUCAUCAGCAUGAACGCUUGAUUUACUAACCUCUGAGUCGGAAAUGAGCUGAACUUCGCAUGAACAACCUUGAACGGUUCAACGAUGCAACCAGGGUAACCGAGUAGUCUAAUAGACAGAGCAUAUAACGAAUAAAGCGAAAAUUCUCAUGGUGAUAUGCGCUCGAGGGAUCUCCUCAUGACAAGAUGC